AAAAUAGAUACAGGGUGCGGCUAAAAUUAUACGAUAUAAGCGCGAUAAGCAGUAAACUUUUCUAUAACAAUUAUUCUUUAUCGUUCGCGUUUUUCACGUCGUAAGUGCAAUUCGUGGAACUGCAGAACUUUCUUUACCUCAAUUUCACGUAAAAGCACUCGAACACGCGAACAAUCGAAAAAAUCAUACCGCGCUUAUCUGCGCCGCACGACGAUUCAUACGAUACGCAGCGCGAGUGAGCGCGCGCGUUCGCUCGCUCGCUCGCUCGCUCGCCUAUGCGAGGCGAGAAGUAAGCGCGCGGGACGUGUUCGCCUCAUCAGUCGAUCGCGGUACGGGCGCUCGAAUACGCUCAGGUGUGCAUCGUCGCGUGUCGCGGAGUAAAAAAGCCUCGACCUCGACAGGCCGAGCCGCGAAAGAAACGAACGAACGGUCGGCGGCGAUAACAAACCGAGAGUGAUCGUUAGUAAUAAUUAAAAGACGCGACGUAACGCGGACUCGUCGACCCUUGUGCUCGUCGAGGAGUGAGGAGAUCGGAAGGCGAGACCAACACACGUCAGGAUAGAAAUGCAAUCGCGGCACGGCGCCUCGUUUGACAGCCAGUCGCCGCCGCUUCUCGUCGUCGCGAGGAUGCUCGUCCUCGCGAUGAUCGUCUGCGGCGUAUUCGUCCUGGGACAGAUCGGCGCGCAGUAUCACGGCAAUCCCGAUCACAUAGUCUUCCCCGGACCGGUCGGCUCGAGAUCGAGUGGCAAGGCCCUUGAUAAUAAGCCCGCGAGGGGUUCCGCGGAUGACAGCGAUACGCCGAUAUCGAUCGAUUUAGCGACUAGAUUAAAUGAAAUAGACUCGGUGGAUCAAUUUAUGCAGCUUCUUCACGGUGUUCCGGAGAGCGAAAAGGGUAUCGCGUUCGCCAGUAGAUUCGGAGGCGAGGAACGAUCGAACGCGUUGAUGCCGACGCCGGCCAAGUGUAUACCCGAGCUGCAACUCGUUUCCCUAAAACCGGACGACGAUCCGUCGACGUUCGUCUUCCCACUCUGCACACGGAUCAAAAGAUGCGGCGGCUGUUGCAUUAGCCCUCUGCUCUCGUGCCAGCCAACAGCUACGGAGAUGCGGAACUUCGAGGUGAUCGUGACGUCGAUGAGCGAUCUGGAAUACCGAGGACGGCGAAUUGUGCCAGUGGAGGAGCACACUAAGUGCAAGUGCGACUGCACAAUCAAGGAGGAGCACUGCAAUGAUAAGCAACACUACGAGCCGCACAACUGCAAGUGCGCCUGCAACAACGUCGACGAGGAGGAGAAGUGUCGUAGGAGCAACGACACGAAGCUCUGGAACUCCACGCUCUGCGUCUGCUCGUGCAGGACCGUCGAGCCGUGCACCACCGGCUACUACUUCAACCCUAACACGUGCAGAUGUGGACCGAUAAUGUUGUCUAGACCGGUAAACAGGUUUGCGUCCACGAAUUACAAUUUCACAAAUCGUCAGCCGGAAAACAGGCGGCCCCCGGUGAUAAUCCCCCUGGACCCGUCGGAUCCCAGAAGAAAACCCAAGGAAGAUCCCGAAUACAAAUGACGAGAAUUUAGACGGACACACGACGGAUUACAAGACUGCUAAAACGAAUCGAUAGUUACUUUGUUAAUUUCUUUAUCACAUAGACGACACCUCUCAUUAAUUCCAUGCCUGAGAACUGGAAGAGACGAAUUGUUUUACCAUUGAGUUAUCACAAUUUUAUCAUGAUGCAAAGUGUAUGUUGCAAAUUGCGCAACGUUUUUGUCUCUUACAUUUGCAAUACACACAUAUGGUAAUAAAAUAAUUUCUUCUGCGAUUCGGUGAUGAGAGAUUACAAUUAUACUUCUGAAGCGCAGAGUGAGACACAAACUUUUCCAGUUCCGAGGUGUUUUCGUGCUAAACUACUGUGCGUUUACUAUCGAAUAAAGAUCAAAAGACAUUGUGAUAUAAGAAAAUAACCGCCACAAGAUCUUAUCAAUGUUAUUUAUGUCGUAUAUAGUUAUUUCUGUUUGUAUUUAUUGUCACGUCGAUGCGCAAAUUGCUUGUUUUAUUUGCCCUACUUGUCACAUGUGACAUACGUAGCAAUAAAUUUAUAACGCGACACAUGCAAUGCGGGACUGUCGAUUACAUCACGUAUAUUGAUUAGUAUUUACAUCUAAGUCAUAUUGUAAUACGAAAUUCUUAAUAUUAAUUACAAUGCAAUUGAACAAAUGCAA